CGGGAACCCCAAGCACAGUGGACCGACGACGCGUGGACAUCAGUCUGGUGAGGGCAGGACAGGUGCUCAGGAUGGGCUCAGGAACUGGGUGCGGUCAGAGCCCCACGGAACCCCCUCCUGCCCCGCAGGAGGUAAGUCCUCAGAGGAUACUGGACGUUGAAACCCAGAAGCCCCCCAGGGGGAAAUGGACGACUCCGCCCUUCGAUCCGCGCUUCCCCAACCAGAACCAGACCCGUAACUGCUACCAGAACUUCCUGGACUACCACCGCUGCCUCAAGAACACGAGCCGCCGCGGGAAGAGCACCGAGCCCUGCCUGUACUAUUUCCGCGUGUACCGCUCGCUGUGCCCCAUCAGCUGGGUGCAGCGCUGGAACGAGCAGAUCAGGCAAGGGACUUUCCCAGGCAAAAUCUGACCGCCGAGCGCGGUGUUCCCAGCCUUCAGCGCCGGUGGCCCGUCUUCUCGUGUCAGGAAGACCGGCCUUAGUUACCACCCCCCCAGCCUAAGCCACCAAUAAAGUUGUGCUGUUGCUAGUG